AUGGGAUGGGCUGAUAGCCUCCUAAGCUUUGCUCGUGAUGAGAGGGUUGUUCUUGUCACCUUAGGCUUUGCCACCUUUAGUGUAGUGAGUACUGUCUUCACUGCCCUCACCAUCAUAAGAGACGACAACGAAAUUCCGCCACCACAGCCAAAGACACAAUACAUCACUCAAGAUACGGAAGACUCGUUGGAACUCGAAACGCUUGAGAAGCUAUUGGAUCACCCGAAUUAUUCUAUACGAGAAGUCGCGAUUAAGAUCCUUUGUGAUCGGGCCGUGAACGAUUCCGAGACAACUCACAUACUGUUAUUCGGCAUCACUCGACCAGAUUACGAUGAGAGGAUGCGGUGUCUUCGGGCUUUAGCCCUGCUCACUGGACAGACUAUUGGGCUGGACGGACUUUCAAAGUUGAACAAUCCCAAAGCCUACUCAGCUCUCGUCCGUUCUCUGGAGCUGAGCCUGGACGACACCGAGCGACCGAGUCUCACUGAUAGCCAUUGGGAUGAGUAUUACCUUCGCGACAUGGCCGAGAGGUUCUGCUUAAUGUUCAUCCUGGAGCUCGCCAAUAAGUACGGUGCCAGCAUGCUAGUUAAGGCACGCUUUGUCGAGAAGUGGUUGGCGAAGCAGGAAUGGGGCGAUACUCCGGAAGAAAGACGCCGAAGCUUCAGGGAUUAUAUGGCACUCAAGACAAAUAGGAUUGUGGAGAUUGUCGAUCGAAUCAAGGAGUCAAGACGAGGCCUCAGGGCUCUGGAAAAGGCAGGGCUCAUGGACAAGGAGAAUUCCAGAAGGAGAAUUCGUGAACUCCCAGACCUGAUUAUGGAGAUCGAAGAGGAGGCGGGAAACUUACCGCUUGUCGAACAGCAAGUGACACGAACCAGAGAACAUUCAGCCGAAGAGCAAAGACUACGACGGCAACAUCGAGAAGCGAUGGUUCUUAACGAUGGAACUCGACCACUGGCGCGCGAGGAUAUUAUCGAGAGAGAGCAUACGUCUCCUGCAUAG